AUGUCAGGCAUCAUCAACCCACAUCCCAGCCCAAAUGAAGAAUAUGCAGAAUACCCUCUUCCAAUCAUUGACAAUCCCGAUGAUCGUCAUAGCCUUGAGCGCGAGACCACUGUCGAUGCCACCCAAUACGAUGUCGGGCUUGAGCCACCCAUGCGCCCUCGCAGCCGAUCCCAUCAUCGGGUUCGUUUUCGCUCGAUAAGUCUGCGCCGAAAUGAAGAAGAUGCCCUACAUCCCUCAUCGGGACCGUUACUGCCGCCCGCAGACCUGAACGAAAUCCCCUUAUCAGGAACUAUCACCCCGCCAGCCCCCACACAUUCCCGCCGUGGCUCCGGCCUCGCCAACGUCCACACCCCAAACCAGUUCGGAGAGUCAGAGAAACAUGAUAUCGAUAAAAUGGACCGGACUACCUCGGCACGCGACCGAUUCAGAGCUACAGGCCACAUUUUGCGACAGAAAACUCACCGUUUCACUGAACGCCUCGAUGAUUUUGACAGCGGUAUCCCACUCGAGGAGCUGCAGGCCCGUCGCGCGCGCCAUGACGCCGAUCGAGCCCACGCAUUGGAGAGUGGUGAGAAUAUUAUCCACCCGCCCCCGAGCGCCGAGGCUCAUCGAUUGGUCCGCAACAUGACCGUGGUUCAGGAUCAGCUGCAGAAGCGGAAACCUCGGGGCGCAUAUCAGCGGUCCGGACAAACAACCCCCGAGGGCUUGUUCAGCGCCUUUACGCAGCGCAGACGAUCCAGUGGACUCAGCGGCGGCGGCGGCAUUUUGUCGCAGCUGCUGAAGCUCCAGGCCGCCCAGGGUGGCUACUCUCGCGCGGAAAGUGUCAUCACAGAUGACUCUGACAGUGACACUCAGGUUUCUUCCGGUAUCUCCACGCCGAAGAAGGGUUCCCUAUCACCCCUUCUCCCUGCCUCUCUGCCAGCCUCUGGCGCCGCUACCCCGCGCAAGGAGAAGCUCAAAUGGUACAAGAAAUCGGCCCAUCGGUCCACCUCGUCGCUGGUCAAUGCCUCCAUGAACCUCAGCACGGCCAGUCUGCCGGCUGCAGUGGAUGCGGCUCCCGGUGUGCAGAAGAAACGGAAGAAGAGCAAGCGCAAGACCCGUCUGGAGGAUGAGAUCCGUGUCACUGUUCAUAUCGCAGAGAUCAUCGCUCGUCAGCGGUACAUCAUGCAGCUAUGCCGUGCGCUUAUGCGAUAUGGUGCGCCCACCCAUCGUCUAGAGGAGUACAUGCAAAUGACUGCUCGGGUCUUGGACGUUUCGGGCCAAUUCUUAUAUCUGCCCGGUUGCAUGGUGAUGUCCUUUGAUGAUCCUAUCACGCGCACUGGUGAAGUCAAACUCGUGCGAAUGGUGCAAGGAGUCGACCUUGGUCGCCUCGCUGAUACGCACAAUGUUUACAAGAAUGUGGUUCACGACCUUAUCGGUGUUGAAGAGGCAACUCAGGAGCUGGACGAGAUUAUGCAGCGCAAGCCCCGAUUCAACAAAUGGAUCUUAGUCCUGGUGUACGGUCUUGCUAGUGCAACUGUCGGCCCAUUCGCUUUCAAGGCGCGACCGAUCGAUAUGCCCAUCAUCUUCUGUCUCGGUUGUAUUGUUGGGCUAAUGCAACACGUCCUCGCGCCACGGUCGACCCUGUACUCCAACGUUUUCGAGGUUACUGCUGCUAUCGUGACUUCCUUCCUCGCCCGUGCGUUCGGCAGCAUUAUGGUUACCCGCAAUGGUGUAUCUGAACCACUUUUCUGCUUCUCCGCUAUGGCACAGUCGUCUAUCGCUCUCAUUCUCCCUGGAUUUAUGGUUCUUUGUAGCAGUCUGGAACUGCAAUCUCACCAAAUCAUCGCUGGUUCGAUCCGUAUGGUGUAUGCGAUCAUCUACUCCCUCUUCUUGGGCUAUGGUAUCACAGUGGGGACUACGAUCUACGGGCUGAUGGAUGGCAAUGCGACAUCUGCAUCCACGUGCUCAGGCCUAGAUGUCUACGGGUCGGUUUAUGCACGAACAUUCCCCUUCGUGGCUAUCUACGCUAUUUUUCUGGCCAUUGUGAACCAUGGAAAAUGGAAGCAGAUGCCCGUUAUGGUCUUCAUCGCCUUGUCCGGGUACGUCGCCAACUAUUUCAGUACCACCAAGCUCGGCCCCCAAUCAGAAGUCGCCAACACCGUCGGCGCAUUCACUAUUGGUGUCCUGGGCAAUCUGUACAGUCGGGUCUGGCAUGGCCAUGCCGCCACCGCCAUUCUUCCUGGUAUAUUUGUGCUGGUCCCCUCUGGCCUCGCCUCUAGUGGCUCUUUGAUCGCGGGCAUCAAAUACGCCGACGAGGUUCGUCAGAACCUCUCAAACAAUGGGACCAGUACACCUUCUGGCGCUCUUUCUGAAACCUCAGUUGCCAGUCUUGGUUUCGGCAUGAUCCAAGUCGCGAUCGGUAUCACAGUCGGAUUAUUUAUCGCCGCUUUGGUUGUCUACCCAUACGGCAAGAAGCGCACUGGUCUGUUCAGCUUCUAG